AUGGACCGGGCCAUUCUCAACGGCGGCGUGAACCUCGUGGACACCGCAGAGCAGUACCCGAUCCCCUCAGGGCCAGGGAGACCAGCGGGCCUGACGGAGGAAAUCAUCGGCAGGUGGGUCGCGAAGGACAGGUCGCGCCGGGACAAGAUCGUCAUCGCAACCAAGAUCACGGGCGCCCUCAACGUCAACGCGACGAAUCUGCGGAAGGAUUGCGAGGGCUCGUUGAGGCGCCUGCAGACCGACCACAUCGACGUCUACCUGACGCACUGGUCCUUCCGGGCGUCGCAGCCGCAGCAGAACUGGGGGCAGUCGCUGCGGUACCGCCAGGAGCCGGAGCCGUCCGCCAAGCGCAGGGGCCAGGCUUCCUUCGAGGAGGUGGUGGACACCAUGAGUGCUCUGGUGCGCGAGGGCAAGAUCCGGGGCUGGGGCUGCUGCAACGAGAGUCCGUACGGCGCGACGCGGCUGGUGGCCACUGCAAAGGCCACGGGCGGCGUGCCGCCUUGCUGCUUCCAGAACGACUACUCCGUCCUGAACAGGCGCUGCGAGGAGAACGGCCUGUUCGAGAUGAUGUCGCCGUUCAACGAGAACGUCGGCUUCUUGGCGUACAACGUCCUCGCCGGCGGGGUGCUGACGGGCAAGUACCUGGACGAGCCGGCCUCCCCCGACGACCCCAACCCCCUCAGGGCGGCGGCGCGGGCGGCCGCCCCACGGGGGCGCAUGGACGACCUCAGCUGGGGCCGCACGCUGUACCGCUACCGCAGCGCGGCGGCGCAGGAGGCGACGAGGCGCUACGCGGCGCUGGCGCAGGAGCGGGCCCCCCAAAGGGGAAGGGGGAGGAGGAGGAGGAGGAGGAGGAGGAGGAGGAGGAGGAGGAGGAGGAGGAGGAGGGGAGGAGGAGGAGGAGGAGGAGGAGGAGGAGGAGGAGGAGGAGGAGGAGGGAGAGCGGCGCGGCGUUGGGAGGCCUGGGCCGCCCGCCCCGGGGCCUCUCGCGGGGGGAGGGGAGGCCGCGCCGCGGGUGGGCCCGCGUCGCGUCGGCGCGGCGCGCGGGCCGCCCCCCCCGCAGUGUGCGGCGGCCACACCGCUCGGGGAAGGAUCCUCCGGCAGGAUGCCGUUCCAUCCGCGCCUCCUCGGCGUCCUUGCUUUUUCUCUUCCCGCUCCGCCGUGGCUGAUGCUCAGCAUAGUGGAGGCCCCCCCUUCCCCUCGGUGGGGAUGCUGGGAAUUUUCUUCACCAUCGUCAUCAUCACCACCAUCAUCAUCAUCAUCAUCAUCAUCAUCAUCAUCAGCAGCAGCAGCAUCAUCAUCACCAUCACCAUCAUCAUCAUCAUCAUCACUAUCAUCAUCAGCAUCAUAAUGGUCAGCAUCUUCGCCAUCAUUAUCAGUAUCAUUACCAUUGUCAUCAUCUUCAUCAUCUUCUUCAUCAUCAUCAUCAGCGCAUUUUUUCUGAGGGGGGGAAGGGAAAUCGUCGCGUUGCGGAGAAACUGCAACAUCGCGAAAAUCGCGACCAGAUCCCCAUAG